CUCUAAGAUCCGCCGGCGCGUCGUGGCGGCUCCUCCGCGUCCCGCCUCCGAGGCCGCGGGCGGCGUCAGGCUGAUCUGGGUGGCGCGCGGCGCCGGGGAGCGCCCCAUCGUAUUCGUGCCUCUCAAGCCUAGGCCAUGGAGGGGGUAUCAUCAGCUCCAGAAAUGGACGAGGCUAUCUCAACUGACCAAUCAAGCAGAUCAACAAAAAGAAGGGCUAAAGUGUGGGAUCAUGUUGAUUCAGAGCUAAUAGAUGGGAAAGAGAAGGCGGUUUGCAAAUACUGUAAGGCCCACUUAUCUUCUGCUGCGGGUAAAGGUACAACUCAUCUAAAUAGGCAUAUUUCUGUGUAUUGCCAUGCAAUUCCACCAGAAGAGAGACAAAGGUUCUUAGCGACCCAAAAAACAAAGCCUGAUGUUGCUCAUGUUUUCGACCCAGUAGUCUUUCGUGGUCUAAUAGCCAAGUACUUCCUUAGCGCAGAGAUUUCAUUUCGAAAGUGUGAAGAUCCAUCCUGGAAAGAAAUGAUAAAUUAUUGUCAACCAUCUUUUCGAUUAGUCGGUCGACAGACUGUCCGUUCAGAUUGUAUGUUGUUGUAUGAAGAGGAGAAGUUGCAGUUAAUUGAGCAGUUUACAAAGUUGAAAUCUCAUGUUAGUUUGACUGCUGAUCUUUGGUCCUCUAACCAAAACCUUGGAUAUCUUGGUGUAACAGCACAUUUCAUUAGUGAAGAUUUUGAGUUGCACAAAAAGAUUAUUGCAUUCAAGAAGAUUUCCUUCCCACAUACAUCUUAUGCUGUGCAAGAUGGUAUUACCUCUUGUUUGCUAGAGUGGGGAUUGGUUGGUGAUUUGUUUACCCUGACUUUGGAUAAUGCUAGUGUAAACAAUAGAGCAAUGAAAGAUAUGCGAGAUGCUUUGGGCAGCCAGAUGUUUUUCAGUGGUGAACACCUCCAUGUGAGGUGUUCUUCUCAUGUGCUCAACAUCAUGGUUCAAGCUGGACUAAAGGUCGUUCCAAAUGCAGUCGGGAAGGUGAGGGACAUUAUCAAGGUCGUAAUAUCUACACCAUCUCGUUUACAGAUCUUCAAUUCUAUUGUUCAAACGUUGGGUCUUAGAAGUAAAUCGGGGCUGAUUCUUGAUGUUCCACAUCGUUGGAAUGCAACCUAUGAUAUGCUAAAUGAAGCCCUAAAAUAUAAGGCUGCUCUGAACAGAUAUGCAGUAGAGCAACACCAUGAAUGUCCCACUGAAGAAGAUUGGUCGAAGGCAGAAGCUCUUCAUGGUUUUCUACAAGAGUUUAGUGAUGCAACCAAAGCAUUCUCAGCGGAUAGGCAUCCCACAGCUCAUCUUUUUCUCAAGAUGUUGCUCGUUAUCCGAGGUGUGCUGCUUGAUGAGAAUUAUAACUCAAAUGAACUCCUUAAUGAGAUGGCAAAUGUUAUGUAUACCAAGUUCCAAAAAUAUUGGAUAAAUCCUAAUAUUGUGUUGCUCAUAGCUGCUGUUCUAGAUCCAUCAAUGAAAACUGUGUAGAAAUACUGAAUUUUAGCAUGGAGCGUCUUUGUAAACAUUUUAGCAUGGAGCAGUUUCUCAUCGAUCAUGGCUGUCAAGUUCUAUUUCUCUACACAGUUGCACUUUGUGGUUGUUUUCUAUCA